AGAGAGAGGUUGGGGCUUAGGAUCAGAGCAGCAGGUCAUGUGUUUGAGUAACAGAAAUACAACAAGUUGUCAGCUCGGACAGCAGUACAGAGGGCAGGGCAGGUGAAACAGAGAAUGGUGUUUGGUUCUCUGUUUAAGGGACACUGUUACUGGUCCUGUUUCGAUGAUGAGCAGCAUGGCCAGCGUAGGGAGGCCCAAAGCAGGGUCUCAUGGUGUCGUUGGGAAGGAGAAGGAGAGGACAUGGUUUUGUGGCAACGACAGGCUGAAAACAGUGUCUCCUUGCAUCAAAGGAAAACCCAGAGCUGUGUCUCCAGGCAUGAUAGGGGAGCAGAGGACAGUGCCUCCUUGGAGGCCAGAGUCGAUGUCUCCAGGUGUGGUAAGGAGAGAUAGGGCAUGGUCUCUUGGUGUGCUCCAGAACACCAGCAGCUACAGCAGUGUGACCCCAUGCCAGACCACUACUAAGACUAUCCGAGUGACGGACAUCUUGGACUCCAAACCAGAGCCAACCAAGGCCCCUGUCAAGAUCCGGCCUCCUAGCCCACGUCCCCCGCCCCCCAAGGAGCCCAUUUUCAGUUGCAACCUGUCCAGUGACCCUCCCGUCCAGCCCAUCAUAAGACGCAGGGCCCAGUCUUUGCCCUCGGUCCACGAGAGAAACAGAGACCGCCAGGUACGCUUCGUGGACUCAUUGGGGCUGAAGCUGGAGGAAGUCAAGGUGUUCAGCAAAGGAGAGGAGCCUUGGAUUCCCCCCCACGUCUUCUCCAGACUUCUCAUGAGCGCUGAGAUGAACUCAGGGCGGUCCCUGGAGCUUUCCUUGCCUUACUUCAAACCCUGCUUUCCCGAAAACACGGGCUCCCAGCCGGGGUUCGUUAAGCGCCUGGUGGAGCAGAUGGUCUCUCUGGACCAGGUCCUGUGUUCUGAGCUGGGCAUCGUCGGCAAGGUGCAGGUCCUCAACCUGGCCUUCAACAAGGAGGUGACGAUUCACUACUCCUUCACUAACUGGAGGAGCAGUGCUGAGACCAGAGCCUGCUGGGUGGCUACCCUCCACCGGGAUCAGAUGGAGGGACCAGAGUCUGAUGUAUUCAGGUUCCGCCUGCCUGUCCCACCCUUCAUCCUGCUGCCUGGAGCCCAGCUGGAGUUCGCUGUGUGUUACAAAGUGAUGGGAGCUGAGUACUGGGACAACAACGAUGGGAACAACUACAAACUGUCCUGUCACAGCUACACACUCACUGUGCCCCGGGAGUGUGAGGACAGCAUUGUGCACUACACCUGACUGGCCACUAGGGGGCAACCAGUGCUGUAGAGCGAUAGAGCUCUAUUUCAUAGAGGUUAAUGGGGAGGAAGACAACACAGCUGCGCCAAAUGGUCUGAUUGUACACAGAUCUGCCUGUAGGAAUAGAAUAUAAAAUGAAACAAGCCAUUCUCCUUAUUAAAAAAUAAAUAAAGGUAUUUAAAGACAUUGGUAAAUAGAGAAAUAGAGUAAAAGUAAUUGAAGGGAAAGCCGAUACAGACAUACCCAAGACGACUCAAAGCCGAUACAGACAUACCCAAGACGACUCAAAGCUGAUACAGACAUACCCAAGACGACUCAAAGCUGAUACAGACAUACCCAAGACGACUCAAAGCUGAUACAGACAUACCCAAGACGACUCAACGCUGAUACAGACACACCCAAGACGACUCAAAGCUGAUACAGACACACCCAAGACGACUCAACGCUGAUACAGACAUACCCAAGACGACUCAACGCUGAUACAGACAUACCCCAGACGACUCAAAGCCGAUACAGACAUACCCAUGACGACUCAAAGCAGAUACAGACAUACCCAUGACGACUCAAAGCCGAUACAGACAUACCCAUGACGACUCAAAGCAGAUACAGACAUACCCAUGACGACUCAAAGCCGAUACAGACAUACCCAUGACGACUCAAAGCCGAUACAGACAUACCCAUGACGACUCAAAGCAGAUACAGACAUAAUCACCAACAAAGGCAUAUUACAAAUUAUAAACUGCGUGGUUCGAGUCCUGGAUGCUGAUUGGCUGACAGCCGUGGUAUAUCAGACCGUAUACCAUAUGGUAUGACAAAACAGACAUUUUUACUUCUCUAAUUAAGUUGGUAACCAGUUUAUAAUAGCGAUAAGGCACCUCGGGGGUUUGUGAGAUAUGGCCAAUGUACCACGGCUAGGGAGUGUCUCCGGGUUGUGCUGUGCCUAAGAACAGCACUUAUUCGUGGUAUAUUGGCCAUAUACCACACCCCUUCAUGCCUUAUCGCUUUAAGUAUUCUACAAUGUAUUGACUCAGGGGUAUGAAUACUUAUGCAAAUUAGCUAUGUCUGUGUUUACAUUUUUUUGGUAUAAAUUUCCCACAAUUUCUAAAAAACAUUUUUCACUUUGUCAUUAUGAGGUAUUGUGUGGUAGAUAAUGGUGAGAGGAAAAAAUAUAUAUUGAAUCCAUUUUGAAUUCAGGCUGAAACACAGCAAAAUGUGGAUGAAGUCAAGGGGUAUGAAUACUUUCUGAAGGCACUAUGUAGUGCUUAUGAAUCUUUAUGUAAGCUAUAAGAAGCCUUUAUGCAUGCUAUAUGAAGGCUCAUAAGGUGUACUUCCAGUUUUUCAUUUCACACUUUUUUAUAGUAGAUUUAAUGUCAUUGCACUGGCUACAGCCGAUAGGAUUUGGGUGUCCCAUAUUUAUUAAACAUUUAUAUAUUCUGUUUAGAUUCAGUUUGAUAUAUUCUGAUUAUAUUACAUUAUACCAUGACAUUGUUGAAUACUGCUUUCUGAUUGGCUUGAAGGGCAUUCAUUAAUUCCUUAUUACGCACUGUAUAUUUGCACGGUAGAAUUAAAUGGCUAUAGUUAAUUCUUACAUGAUAUGUGUUUCAGUUUGUUUUUGAAAGCUAAAGUUGAAUUUGAAAACAUUGUCAUUGUUGAAUUAGAUUUUCACUAUGGCAAGCUAAGGACUCAUAGUUUGGUUAGCUAAACUUGCAAGUCAUUUUGUACGGUUACCAAAUAUUCAGUCAUUUCUAGCGACAAAUGUGUUAAAUUAUAGCCAAGGUAUGAAUGGAAUAAUCAACUCUGGGCUCUAUUCAACUUUAACGUUGUUCAUUCAGUGAGUCAUUUCAUUUCACUUCUGCUGUGUGGAACUCU